AUGAGAGGAGCCUGUCCCAGGGCAGCUUCGCUGAGCAUGGAGCUGGCGGGCGGGUGUUGCGCGCUCAGCCUGUGGCUGCUGCUGUGCCGCUUGCCGGUCCCGGGCGCCGCCGCUCCAGCGCCGCCAGCAGGGCCCUUAGCCGUGGGGCAGUUCUGGCAUGUAUCAGACUUGCAUUUAGACCCUACUUACCACAUCACUGGUGAUCACACCAAAGUUUGUUCUUUCAAAGGGGCUAAUGCCUCCAACCCUGGGCCUUUUGGAGAUUUUUUCUGUGAUUCUCCAUAUCAACUUAUUUUAUCAGCCUUUAAGUACAUGAAAGAGGUCUGAACAACAAGUUUCUUCAUGAUAUGGACAGGGGAUAGUCCACCUCAUGUUCCAAUGGAGGAACUCUCCACAAAGAUGGUCAUUAAUGUUAUUGGCAAUAUGACUUCCACCAUUCAAAGUUUCUUUCCAGAUCUCCAGGUGUUUCCUGCAUUGGGUAAUCAUGACUACUGGCCACAGGAUCAGCUGCCUGUAUCUGCCAAUGAAGUUUACAGUGCAGUAGCAAAUUUCUGGAAACCUUGGCUAACUGAUGAGGCAAUCAGUACCUUCAAGAAAGGUGGCUUUUAUACACAAGUCUUUCAAUCCAGUGUUAGCCCUCAACCACUCAGGAUAAUCAGUUUGAACACAAAUCUAUAUUACAGUCCCAACCAUGUGACUCUGAAUAUAACUGACCCGGCCAACCAGUUAGCCUGGUUGGAGAGCACACUAGAAAUCUCUCUUCAAAAGAAGGAGAAGGUAUAUGUGAUAGGACAUGUGCCAAUAGGAUAUCUGCCUUUCGCAAGGAACACUACUGCCAUAAGAGGAUAUUACAAUGAGAGAUUAGUAAAGAUUUUUCGCAAGUAUAGUGAUGUUAUUGCUGGACAGUUUUUUGGACACACACACAGAGAUAGCAUUAUGAUCCUUCUGGAUGAGAAAGAAAACCCAAUAAAUUCCUUGUUUGUGGCACCUGCCGUGACUCCAGUGAAAAGUGUGUUACAGAGAGAGUCCAACAAUCCUGGAGUCAGACUGUAUCAAUACGAUCCUCUUCAGUAUAGCUUGUUGGAUCUUUGGCAGUUUUACUUGAACCUCACAGAUGCCAACAUGAAAAAUGAAUCAAACUGGAAACUAGAAUACAUCCUGACCAAAGAAUAUGGUAUUGAAGACUUGAAGCCAGAAAAUUUAUAUGAAAUGGCAAAGCAAUUCACUGUGCCACACAGCAAACUUUUUCAACAAUAUUACAAUAAUUUCAUUGUGAGUUAUGACAAAAGCAUUGUCUGUGAAGGGGACUGCAAGACCAGCCAGAUAUGUGCAAUGCAGUAUUUGGAUCACUCUUUCUAUACAGAUUGUAUCCAACGGGGUAGUGUGGAGAUGAAGUACAAUGUGAUCAGUACUGAUGUUGUUAUGUAG